AGCAAGCACAACCUCUUUAAUAUAAAUUUAUUUUUGAAUCUUACUAUAAUAAAUCUUUAGUUAAGCAAUAAAGACAUAGUGAUGUAUAGAAAAUAUCUCAUAGAAUUGGGGUGUUAUGGCACCAAACAUGGUCCAUCAAAUGAGAAGAAAACAACUAGUGAUGCAAGGGAAAGUGAACAUGAAGUACCGUCUGAAGGUACUUCUACCAGUCACCAGCAAGAAACUAAAGUCGCUGUUAAACCAACAGCACCUCCAUUACCCAAACCACCUGAUGUUUCUGACAAAAAAUCUGAUCCAGCAUCUACUAAGGUCAGGGAUGAUUUAAAAAAAAGAAAUAUGGAGGAUCUUGAUAAAUUAAAAAAACAAGCAGACGACUUGCUGAAAAUGAUUGAACAAUCGAUGACCACUCUUGAGAAUUCAGUGAAGAAAGAUGCUGUUUACCAGGGGUAUUUAAACAAGGAAUUCACAUCACCUGCUAGAAUAAUCAGGAUAUUUACCAGUAGUACUUUUACAGACACUAUGCAUGAGAGAAAUAGAAUGAUGGAAACAACAUUUCCUCGCCUUAAAGAAUAUUGUCAGCAGAGAGGUUUUGAGUUUCAAAUCGUUGACAUGAGAUGGGGAAUACGAGAUGAGGCGACCAAUGAUCACAUGACUACAGAAAUAUGUCUUUAUGAACUGGCUAACUGCCAGAAAUACUCAGCUGGACCAAAUUUCCUGACUUUGUUGUCUCAUAAAUAUGGAUACCGUUCCCUUCCAAGACAGAUUCUUGCUGAAAAAUAUGAGAAAAUAAUCGCAUACAUAGAUAUCAGUGAUCAACAACAGCUUUUUUCAAAGUGGUAUGUGAAAGACGAGAACUAUGACCCGCCAAAAUAUAUCCUUCAGCCAAUAAGCACUAACCUCCCAGAAUUCCUUGAACAAGAUGACAAAGAGAAACAAAAAGCAGCCAGAGAAAAAUGGUGGGAAGAAAGUGACACUAUGUUAGAUGGCUUAGUAACAGCAGCAGAGAAGGCUUUACCACAAGAGGAGGCAUAUACACUCAAAGUAUCAGUUACUCAUACUGAGGUCAUGAGUGGGUUAUCCAGCCAAGAUCUUGGAAAGAAAUGUGUAUGGCUAAAACGUAACAUUACAGAUAUAGAAGAACAGAAGCCCUCUUACCAACUGUCCAGAUUUAUAGAAUGUAAUGGUCCUGACGACAAGGUCAAAAUGGUGAAAACAUUGUUGGAAGAUUUGAAAGGAGAUUUGACAAAGAAAUUACCAGCAGAGAAUAUCUUAUCCUAUAAUGUAUCAUGGCAAGAGAAGGGUUUGGAUCCUAGUAUCAAAGAACACAGUGAGUAUCUUGAUAAAAUUACUGAAGAUUCAGAAAGGAAAUUAAAGCAGUUAAUAGAUGACAUCAUUGCAGCAGACAAGAAGAAGAAAAGUGAUCCAGUAAAAGAUGAAAUCAGACAACAUCUUUUGUUUUGCCAGACAAAGUGUGCUGAUUUUAAAGGCAAAGAAGAUACUCUGGAGGCAGUGCACACCUAUUUAAAAAGUGACAAAAAGCAUCCUCUUGUUAUUCAUGGUGAAUCUGGUAGUGGUAAAACAUCCCUUAUGGCAAUGAUAGCUAAAAAAGCCAAUGAAUGGUUUGAUGGGAAGGCAACAGUUGUUAUAAGGUUUUUGGGAACAACUCCAAAAAGUUCCAACCUUUUUGAUUUGUUAUGUAGUUUGACAAUGCAUAUCAGAACCGCCAAGAUCUUGGAUCAUCUGAAUGCUAAGAGCUUUAGUGAGGUUGAGCUUAUUUUCAAACAGACCUUAAUAGCAACGAAAGGAUCUGAUAAAAAGAAAAUCAGUGAUCCUCUGAUCAUCAUAUUGGAUUCUCUUGACCAGUUGGAUCCUUCAUACAAUGCAAGAGGGAUGCAAUGGCUACCACUCCUAGUGAAUCCUAAUGUAAAGAUUAUAGUAUCAACGUUAGAAGAACCAAAAUAUGAAGUAUUUCCUAAUCUCAAGAACCGAGUUCCAGCUGAUGGCUUUAUUCCUGUGGCAACCAUCCCGAGGCCUGAUGUGAAAUUAAUUUUGAAUCACUGGUUGGAAAGAAUUCAACGAAAAUUGACACCAGAACAGGAAGAUUUACUUUUGAAAUCAUAUGAUCAGUGUCCUUUUCCACUUUACUUGAAUCUCUGUUUCAGAGAAGCUUCUCAGUGGACAUCAUAUAUGGAUGUUUCAAGCAUUCAGCUGUUUCAGACUGUACGGGAAGCCAUAAAUGGUCUCUUUGCCAAAAUGGAGUCACUUCAUGGAUAUGCUUUUGUGUCUAAAACCUUAGGAUAUUUAACUGCAGCAAAGAUUGGAUUGACAGAAUCAGAAUUAGAAGAUAUAUUGGCAUGUGAUGAUGAUGUGUUGAAUGAUGUCUAUGUGUAUUGGACACCACCAAUCAGGAGACUUCCUCCAUUACUUCUAGUGCGACUCAGACAUGAUCUACAGCAAUACUUAGUUGAGAGAGGAGCAGACGGUUCUACUGUUAUCUACUGGUACCAUAGACAGUUUAUUGAGGCAGCGAAGGAUAGAUACUGUGCAGAAGAAACCAGUGUAACAAAUCUUCAUACUGCAUUGGCAGACUACUUUUUAGGAACUUGGGCCAAUGGCAAUAAAAAGCCAUAUGUGAACAGAAGUGGUGAGAGUGGAUUAGCUGACAGACAUGUUGUGACUCAACCAAUCAAAUUUGGUGAUACAUACAAUUUAAGGAAGCUAAAUAACCUUCCAUACCAUCUUACUAUGUCAAAAAGGGUUAAACAGUUGAAGGAUGAAUGUUUGAUGAACUUAUCAUUUAUAAAUGCCAAACUAGAAUGCUCUUCUGUAAGAUCAGUGAUGGAAGAUUAUGAGAUUGCCAAACAGAUGAUCAAUGAUUCCCAGUUAAACAUGAUUCUACAAGCUCUCCUUCUAUCAGGGGAUUCUAUUCUGUUCAACGCAAAACAGUUUGCACCACAGAUUUUCUUAAGACUCAAGAAUGUCAAGGAAUUACAGAGUUUUACUGAUGCAUGUAAACAGACAGAUGUGACCUAUUUAUGUCCUGACACUGACCUGUUAGUGACGGUUGGAGGACCUUUGGUUUAUGCACUAGGAGGACAUAAAUCUCAAGUUGAUUGGGUGGACAUGAAGAAAGAUGGAAAGAUAGCUGUCACUGCUUCAAGUGAUGACCACUCAGUAGGCCUGUGGGACGUUCAGGAUGGUAAAGUUAUCCGAAUCAUGGAGAGAAUUGUUAAGGAUCCCAAUGAAGUACAUUUUGUGGCAGACGAUUCUCUUAUUCUUGUUUAUUCAAGUAACUCUUUGGUAGCAGUUACUGAACUAGGCGAGAAAAAAUACACAUUUUCUCAUACUGCCAUGAAAAUUUUCUGUGUUUGUGGUAAAAAUAAAGAAGUACUUGUAGGAUUUAUGAAAACUGGAGUUGUCCAUCUCUAUGAUAUGAGAACUGGUGAAAAAACUGGUGUGAUUAAUCCAAAAGAUGGACUGUCGGAUGGAGACAAGGCCAAAUUGAAAGUGUCAUUUGGAUUAUUUGCUUCAGGUUCUGAUAAUUAUGCCAUUUGUACUGAUGAUGAUGACAACGCUAUAUGGGUGGUAGAUUUAGAGAAAAGGCAUGCCUACUGCUCACCCAGAAUCAGAUUUCCACCAACUCCUGCCACUGCUGAUGUAGAUCAAGAUGACUUGACCAUAGAUGCUUCUGCUGUUACUAGAGAUGGGAAAUACAUUGUGGCAUCAAAUAUGUAUGAUAACGUCCCUUACCUGUUUGAUAUCAAGACUUUUGAAAUUUGUAGAAAAUUAACAGGUGAUGACUCAGAUACAAUUCAGAAAUAUAAGUUCUCAGUUGAUGGCAAAAAGAUGUAUGGAGAGUCCAGCAAGACCAUUGUUGUGAUAGAUCUGGAAACUGGAAACAGACAAAAAGUGUUACAGCAUAGCAAUCAGAUAGACUGCUGUGUGUCAAAUGAUGCAACAACUUUUGUCACUGUUUCUGAUGAUAGUGUUCUAAGAGUUUGGGAUACUUCAAAAACAUCAUUUUCAGAAGAAAAAUUAUCAGAUUUUGGUACAUCUGUACAGUUUUUUAAGCUUUUAUCAAAUGAGAGGUAUGCUCUCAUGAUAUCUUCCUUUGGAAAAGAUAAAAAGCACAGAAUAAUGGUUGUUGAUACAGUUGAGAAGAAAAUUGUGUCUCAGGCAGAAUCAGAGGCAAAGUCAAGGGAUGUGCUGAUCCUUAAUGACAGUAAGGCAAUAAUGUGCUUUACAAAAGACAACAAACCACAUGACCUUCACUUGAUUGAUCUGAACUCAAUGACAGAGAAUCCAAUUCAAGGAAAAAUGUUCAAAGAUUGCUACACAAUAUUGAAGGUUAAUAAUGCCAAAGAAUUUAUGGUACCAACUAGAGGUGGAAAGAAUGUGAAGUUUUACAGCACAGAGACCCUUAAGGCAACUCACAUCAUGGAGAUAGUAGAUACUUCUAGUGUUGGUAGAAGUUAUGAAACAAAUAGUGAUGGUAGCAUGGUAGUAUUUGUAACUGAUGAUGAUAAGAAAAUCAUAGUGAUUGAUGUUGGAACAAGAACUAUUGUAAAGGUGUUAGAAGCGAAGGAUUUGAAGAAGGAUCUUGGAAUGGAUGAUGAUUUUUGUGGUGCCGAGUUGUUGGUGCCAGACAACAAGAGCUACAUUGUUUUUACAGCCUUCACAAAGGAUUCAACAACCGCCAUGUACCUAUGGGAUUUAAAGGAAGAUAAGCUGAGAAAAGAACUCACAGAUUUUGAUAUGCAUAAGAAAUAUAAAAUACUCAAAGAAGGAGACUCAGUUGAUGUGUGUUCAUUUGUACUCCUGGAUGAUGAUACCAUUAUGUCUACUCAUGACGAUAAACUCCUCCGUGUCUGGUCUACAAAAAAUGGUUCUUUGUUGAAAAGAAUUAUUGGACAUAGAUCAACGUCAUCUAAGAUUUAUUACACUCCACAGUCACCAUAUGUUCUGACUUAUGGACAUUAUCAGGAACAAACUCUUCGUAUCUGGGACAAGAAAACAUACCAGCAGUUAGCAUCUUUUAAGCUUGAUAAAGAGUUAGAUUCAAUUGAAUGGUGUAGUGAUGGCCUAUCAUUUGUGAGCUAUAGUAGAGAUCCUACUGUAAUUGUUCGGUGGACACUAGAGGGAGCCAAUGUUCAAAGAAGUAGUUUGUCAAAGUAUCCUGCCACAUUUAAAGGAAAUGUAUCAGAUUCUGAAGUGUUACCCGUCCUUGACAUCAAAGAAGUAGAGGUCAGUCCAGAUGACAUUGACCAGGAAGAACAAGCACCUGAUACAGAUACUGAUGAAGAUGAUGAAGAUGAAGAUGAAGAUUAAGAUUGAGAUGAUGUACAUUAUAUACAUUUUACUCUUUGUUUUAGGGAGCAAAUAUUUGAUUUCAAGGAAGGUUAAGUUUUUUUUGUAGAUGUCAGAAUAUUUUCUGAUGAAAUCUGCUCAACCACAAUAAAAAAAAAUCAUCAAAUUUGGGAUCAGAAUAUUUUUUUCAGGAAAAGAGUAUUAUCCUCCCUUGAAGUUAAAUGUUUGUUCCCUUAUGAAUUAGCAUUUAUAAAAAAAUCACUUAUUAGUCAAUACUUUCUAUGUAUUUUAUACAUAUCUGUCAUUAGUCAGAAACAGUAAUAUAUUUUUUGUAGUUGUAUAGUUGAUAUUUACAUUUUCCCUCACAUUUCAUAAUAUUUGGAUAUUAUUUAUCUGUUGUAGAAUGCUCAUGUUAUAUAGGUAAUUUGCAAAAACUAUUUUUGAUAUAUAUAACAAUAUUUCAGGAAAGAUUUAGUACAUACUACUCAUGUUUUGAGUAGAAAUAUUUUCUCAAUGUCAUUUGAAGCUUUUUUUAUUAUUUGUCACCUGCCUUUUAAUUUCCAAAUUAGGGAAAAAUAGAGAACUGAUUUUGGUUGAAAUAAUUGAUUGCAUUGUCUAUUAUGUUCAAACUUAAAGAGACGUUCAUUGUACCAAUAAUUGAUUGCAUUGUCUAUUAAACUCAAAGAGACGUUCAUUGUACCAAUAAUUGAAUUUGGAGGAAAAUUAUUGCCAUUCAAUGCUAUUUUGUGAAUUUUGAUCUCUCAACAAUCUUAUAAAGUAAUUUUGUUGUUGUAAAUUCUCAUUAUGUUGCACCAUUUAUAUAAGAAUAUCCAUUGUAUAAUGUUUACUUAACAAAUUGUGUCUUUUAGUGAAAGCUCUAUAAAUAUAAUGCAUCAAUGUAAACAUAACAGAAUUUGAUGAGAUUGUCAUCAAAGUGAGAGGGUUAGCGCUAUAAAACCAGGUUUAAUCCACAAUUUUCUACAUUUGAAAAUUCCUGUACCAAGUCAGGAAUAUGACAGUUCUUGUCCAUUGUUUUUGAUGCAUAUUGUUAUAUGAUUUUGCCAUGUGAUUAUGGACUUUCUGAAUUGAUUUUCCUCUAAGUUCAGUAUUUUUGUGAUUUAACUUUUUAAUCGGAAGUAUUGCCCAGAUUACUUCAGUUCCCAAAUAUAACUUUCUGCAUCUUGAUUUUGUUUGUUUUAUCUCAGUUAUUAUAACUGACUUGUUUUAUUGUGGGUUUUUUUUUUGUUGGUUUUUUUUUUUGGGGGGGGGUCUAAUUUGAUAAAUUAAUCAUAUCCAGUGCAAUAAACAAUCACACAAGUGCAGGGAUAAAACAUCAUCUUAAUUCAGCAAUGUUUUCACAUGUGCAACAAAGGACUUUAAUUGAUAAAAACUGAUUUUUUCAUGCAAAUCAUGUCAUUUCACCACUGUUUUUGUUAAUAACUGAAUCAUAAUAAAAGGUUGUGUAUAAUCACACUUAUUUAAUCUUGGAUAUAAAUUGUUUGGGAGGUGUGAAUAAUAAAAAACUACAAGCAAGACUUGCUGGAGGAUACCCUUUUAGUUAUGUGUGUUUUUGUUUUUAGCAAAAUUAUUGAAGACCUCAACAUUUAAUGUAUUUUCUGAAAUAUUUGUUUGAUUACAAAACUUCAGUAUUUAUUUUUGGAAAAAAAUCUUUUUUUUUUAUUGAAAGUAUGCAGAUCUCUGAAAGUUUAUUGAG